UAAAUGAUGAGUACGAGAGGGCCGCCAAUAGGAAUUGACUAUUUCCAGUUGUCGGAAUCUUGGAAAUCCUAUAAAAUCUAGACUUGGAGUCGAGGGAAGACAGGUCUUGACCAUAGACAACAUCAGGAUGAAAUUGGCACUUCUCGUCUUGGGUUGUUUCGUCUGCGCUUCCCAACAGGAGCGCUUUAUUUGGCCGUUUCCCAUCGAUCCGAAUCAGGCCGCUUACAAGCCCCUCUAUUACAGCGAUGGACUUCCGGCUGGCUACGACGUCGUCAAGAAGAGCGACGUAAACCCCAAGGAUGAAAAGCAGAGCGCAGAAGUGAUUCCGCGCAACAACGCCCCGCAGCGCUUAUUCCUCAACGCCAACAGCAUCUACCUGUUCACGACGACGACGACACUGACGUCGGUGGUGACGUCGACGGCCACGACGGCCGCCGUCGUCAAGUGCAUCCCGGCCGCCCAAUUUUCGGCCACCACCGCUUGCGCCAGACGGCGGAGGGACGUCAAAAAUCAAUUGCUGGUCGGCGACGAAAUCGAAAUCAAACCCGACCUACCAAAACCAUUGGAAACGAGCGUGAUUGCCGACGACGUUCCAGCUGUGAUGGCGGACAUUAUUUCGUCGCAAAAAGAAGAAGCGCUGGAACCGUCGAUCGCCGAUUAUUCGACGUAUCAGCAACGAGCGGCUUUCACCACCACGGUUUCGGCAACUAGUUACACGACUACUUACGCUUUUGUGGCCACUUCCAUCACGUCCACCACAUCGCUGGGCAUAGCCGCCGGAUUGCUGUGCCUCCCAUCCGGAUUUGUCAUUUGCACUUAAUUUAUUAAACGAUCUGAUUUUUUAUUUACCAAU